AUGACAGAAGUACAUCAGGGCAACAAGCCAUUGACGCAGGAUGCGUUCCUGGAGAAACUUCCAAAACUGUUCGAGGUCUCGAACGCACAGAACAAGACGUUGAAUCUAAGGUUGAAAAGAUGCAUCAAGCACGACGGAGUCACGAAACCAGCGGAACUGGACGCCCACUCGCACCCACACUCGGAUAUAUCGAAGAUGGCGGAAUCGAAACAGCUCAAGAAACAGUACAAGGCAAACAAAAAGACGUAUAAACUUCUAGUCAUGGCGACAGUGGGCAAGGGCACCCACCGCACGAAGUGUGUCACGGUAGUGGACGCGAGCGAACUUGAUGCGUUCUGGAAGCGUACCGUCAGCGUCACGAAGUCGUCGAUGAGCGGUUUGAUCAAAAAGAAGACAAAAAAGAAGAAGAAGGGUAAGAAGAACUGA